GGCUUAAUUUUAUUUCCUGGUUUUUAUUUCAUUUUUAUUUAGUGAUGGGUGGGAUUAUUUUAGUGAAGUCUAUUAUCCCCAUUCUAUCACCCCCCACCUCCCUCCAUUGUUCCUUAGAGAGGCACAGCUUUGGGUAUGUGCCAGUCACCCUGGGUAACAGUGGUUUGGGCUCCCCUCCUCUUUCCUUGAUCAUGCCCAGCUGUUAAACUUCACUAUUUGCUGGCUGAUUAUUGUUUUCAACAGUGUCCCUGGGCAUAAAUUGCUUUAUAAACUAAUCCAAUCAAACUCCAUUUUCUCUAAACACUGGUUUCUGAGACCAGUGUUCGAUAUUUUUGACCCCAGGAGGAUACCUUCCAGCUGUCCUAUCCUCCAGUUUACCCCUGCAAAUUAGAGGGCAAACAACUUUACCUGUAUCUUGACUUUCUUCCCAUCAUCACCUCAACUGUUCUUGAGAGCAUCCUUAGGCUUGAACUUCCCGAACCAAGCUCUGUUGCAAGUGAAAAAUCAGUUCCUUUGGGAAGAGAUGUUGAGCAAUAUGGGUUUUAUGGCCUGUUUAUUCCCCCAAGAAAAAUCUCUCAACCAGACUCUGGGAUUGGAUGCAUGGACAAUAGCAAGCUGCUCUUUUGAGUGACAUCCCUGCUGCAGGAGCUGAGCACUCAGUGCAGGUAGAGCUGCAGCCUGAGGUCCUCUGAGCUUGUCUCUCCUGGUAUGGAAUCAGCAUCUCGGGACCGGAGCAAGGGUGGUCAGGACGCAACCAACCAAAGUAGAGUCUCUAUCCCAUGAAUGGGAGCUGGGUGGAAGAAGGACCACCAUCCCCCACUAACCUAGGACUUAGCCUCAGCAAUGAGUGGAUGGAGGCAGAAUGAGAAAUGCUGAUGUCCUGGCCUUCCCGGGAAGAAAGCUGUGCAACUGGGAUCUGAGCGGGGAAGGCGCCCUUUGUUACUGGCUCUAACAGUCUGGAGUAGUCUCCACCUUGCUGAGCUGGCAGUGGAUAGAAAGGGAAUAGUCUUGCUUCAAAUACCAUGGGUUCUCCCUUUUAUUAACAAUUUUUGGUGUAUUUUCUUGAAUAGGUGUUUCUUGAUGUUUGCCCUCAGGACAAUUUCCAGAGGUUUUAAAUGGUUUUUUAUGCUCAUUGAUAAUUUUUCACUAGUUUCACUGGAGAAUAGGAUAGUUAUGCUGAAAGUCAAUCUCUCCACUGCUGUAGUUAUUGCUAUUAGCAUAGUUGUGUGUUAGACAGACAGCUAUUCUCAGAAAAUUAAUACGACUAGAGAUGAGGCUUUCACACAUUCUGAGGACUGUAGGAAGGACAACUUGUAACAGCUGCUAAGAGUAACAACAAUUAGAGAACAAACUGGAGUGGUAAGUUCCUGGCUUAAUUUGUUACAUAUAAAGACAUGCAAAACAACUCAAAUAACAAAGAAAAACUGUAAUGAUUGACUCUGAAUUUGUAAUUUGACUAUAGAGAGAGAAGAAUUCUGGGAGCAAAUGUGUGAUUUCCAUGCAUUCCAGAACCACCACCACUAUACAGGACCCUAAGAAUCCAGAACUUGUGAAGACAUUUACAUUUGACCUGGCAUAUUGGUCUCACAGUGGAUUUGAAAAGGAUAAAGACGGUGUCCUUAUUUCUGCUGAUCCUAGUAGUAAAUUUGCAGGCCAGAGAGAUGUCUUCCACGAUCUUGGCAGGGGGAUUCUGGACAGCGCCUGGCAAGGCUACAAUGCUACCCUCCUGGCCUAUGGCCAAACUGGCUCUGGGAAAAGCUAUUCUAUGAUUGGGUUUGGUGCCAACAAGGGCAUUAUUCCAAAUGUGUGUGAAGAGCUCUUUCAAGCAAUCGAGAAGCAGGAGAGAAAUCAAGAAUACCAGGUUACAUUCAGUAUGCUGGAAAUUUACAAUGAACAGAUUAGAGAUUUGCUGUCUGGAAUCAAAAAACCUGGUGGGCUCAAAGUAAGGGAAGAUCAGCAGCGGGGCUUUUACGUGGAAGGUCUGACGUCAGUGCCUUGUGAGAACUACGCACAAAUUGAAAGGCUGAUGGAACAAGGAACAAAAAUAAGGACCACAGCUUCCACCAACAUGAAUGUCAGCAGCAGCCGGUCCCACAUGGUCAUCACCAUUCAGUUCAAGCAGCUUUUCCCAGACCGAGACCUCACCAAACAAUCCAGUAUUAAUUUGGUGGAUCUAGCAGGAAGUGAAAGGCAGAAAUCUUCAGGAUCCGAAGGAGACAGAUUGAGGGAAGGAUCACGAGUUAACUUAAGUUUAACCAAUUUGGGAAAUGUUAUCAGCGCUCUGGCCGAUGCAGCCAUGGGGAAGAGAGUCUUGCACGUUCCCUACAGAGAUUCGGUCCUGACCAAACUGCUCCAGUCAGCUCUGGGUGGCAACAGCAGGACUGCCUUGAUAGCCGCCAUAAGUCCAGCUGACAUCUGCUACGAGGAAACGUUAUCAACAUUAAGAUAUGCUGAAAGGGCUAAAAAGAUCCGGAACAGAGCAGUGGUCAACACCCAGGCGCUGAUGAGACAGUGGAGGGCAGAGAACAAGCUGCCGCUCAGAUGCAGAAACUCUGGAAUGGCAGAUCUCUUCACAGAGCAGCCAGCCUAUCUCCUGGCAGAACAGCAGCUCGGGACUCGUGCUAAGCAGGUGACCUGGGCACACCUGCUGGAGCAGGCCUGGGAGGCCUGGGAGCAGCAGUACGAGGCCCUGGCCCAGGAGCGGCGGAUGGUGAAGACCUUUCCUCACCUGCUCAACGUCAACGAGGACCCGCAGCUCACGGGCGUCCUCAAGUACUUCAUUCGGCCUGGUUCAUGUGAUGUUGGUCAGGCCACCUCCAAUGCUAUCACUAUUCAAGGUUUGGGAAUUUCAGAUAAACAUGCUUCCUUCACAAAUUCGGAUGGUAAAGUGAUGGUCACUCCACACGGCAAAUGCAAGGUUGUCGUUAACGGGGUGCCCAUUGCGACCAAGACAAAGCUGCAGCAUUUGGACCGCAUUAUUUUGGGAUCCAACAGCGCCUACCUCUACGUGGGGUUUCCUUCGGAGCGAGGCAGCGAGGACUUGAGCAGGUUUGACUACGACUUCUUCCAGCUGGAGAGAGCGGCGGCGGAGGGAGUGAGCGUGGACAAGCUCCGCGCCACAAACAGUGGAGACCGCAAGGCAGACCCCAGCGUCCUGGCUGUGUUCCAGGACUACAUCAAACUGAUGCCCCUAGUUGCAGAAGCAAAUCAAAUGAGUGAAGAGCUGAAGAAGGGACUUAAAAUGGAAUUGAAGGUGAAGAACUUAGCAUCAUCAGAUUCCAGGGGUUAUGACCUACAAAAAGAGGUCAUGGUGAAGCUGACCAACCAAAGGACUCACCAGGUGUGGAUUUGGUCAAAAGCCAAGUUUAUCAAUAGGAAAUUCCUAAUGGAGGAACUUUACCAGCGCUUUCUAGAUGGAGAAGACAGCCACGUGGCUCAAGAAGACGACCCGUUCUGGGAUCCUGUCGAGGUCAUCCACUUGGGCUCAGCUCACAUCUGGCUCCAUCCACUUGCCUAUUGCAUGAAGCUUGAGGAGCAAGUGGCGUUUCUGGACUGUGAGGGGCUGGAGGAGGCCGUGUUGCACGUCUCCAUCACCCCCUGCUCCCCGACAGGACAAGCAUAUGGUGACGAGGACGUGGUUAUUGACCCUCUGGAGAUGCUGGGCAAGAGGAUCGAUUUCCAGAUUUGCAUUGUCCAGUGCCUUGGCGUCAAGUGGCUAAAGGAAGGAGCAAGGCGGGGCAUUCAGACAGGGUACAGAAUUUAUGACCUUCCAAACACUAUAUAUACAAAACCUGUGUGGAAAAUUGUGAACCCCCAAAUUGAAGAGACUAUCCAAUUUGCAACCUUAAAUGCAUCUCAGGAGUUUCUGAAUUAUUUGCAGACAAAUGCUCUCAUUGUUGAUUUAUGGGGCCUUCAAGAAGGCUGUGCUGAGCUGAGCUGCACUCAGCCAGACCUCAUGGUCACAGGUGAAGGUCAUAUCGUGGUGGACGCCAAGAAAAUUUCCACCAUGAAGGAUACAAGCCAGACUACAUCAAACCAGACAUCAGAACUUUAUCUGAAGCUGCACAAGUUAGAGCAGGAGACAGAACUGCUCAGAAACAUUAACAGAGCUCUGAGAGAGGAAAACGUGUUUCUCAAAGAAUCACUUGCAAAACUUGGUUCUGGUCCACAAGCCCAUAAGCCUUCUGAUACCCUGAAGAUAACUGGGAUGACAGCACGACUGCCACCAGCCAUGGAGAUUAAUCAAAUGUGCACUCAGCAAGCCAGCUGCGACAGAGAAUUUGCCAAGGCUCUUAAGGUGUUUUACCAAGGCAUGAACACAGCAAGAGGGCAGUUUCUCAGACUGAGACAGUAUAAACCUCCUGAAGACGAUCAAAUGCUUCGACCAUUUGUACACCAACAGUCACAGAUGUUGAAGGAUUUUGGAAACCUACUUGAAUCCAGCUUGUGGAGACUGAAAAAUGAUGUUGCUCUUAUAGUAAAAAAGAAAAGAGAAUAUUUACUGCAUGUCAAAUAGUGAGGAUACACCCCUGAAGACUGAAAACAUUUCAGCUUUGAGUUGUGAAGAUUAUUUGUGUAGCUAAUGGGCUUAACCUCUUCUGCCAUUUUCAAGCAAAACUCUCCUUCAAUUUGAUUUUAAAUCAAGAAUGAAUCCAUAUCCAGGGUGAAGGUGGGGUGGGAGAUAUCUGAAGUGAAUGGUUAGCACUCUGAGCUCUGGAAUCAGACUGCCUAGGGGCAGUUAUAUUCUGGUUAAAUCCAUCACUUACCAAUUGUGUGAUUUUUGGCAACUGAUUUUCCCUAAGCUGUUCUUUCCUCAUUUGUUAUCUGGGAAUAAUAGUGUUUGCUGAUGGUAAAUGAAUAUAGAGCACUUAGAACAGUGCCUGGUACAUAGAAUUGAUAAGCAUUUGCCAUUAAUGUUUUUAUGGUAAACAGGUCAAAAUUUCAAAUGAAGCUCUUUUGAUAAAUUUAUUAGUCAGACCAGAUGGUUACUUCAUGCCCUUCAUUUUGUAUUCUUGCUCCAAACAAGUUUGAAUUCUACCUCUACUUAUUUUCUCUUUUCAUAGAUUUAUUUGAAAUACUGUACGUUCAAUUUGCUGACCAGCAUUAGUGCUUGUACUAUGGGAUUUUUUUUCAGUGCAGGGAUUACAAUUGUUAGUGAGAUCUGCCAGGAGUUAGUCUAUUUUGAAGCCAAUCUUGAUUCCACAAAUUGACUAAUGGGUCUUAGUUAAGGACUGACAGACACUGAGUGCUCUGGGAGGGGCUGUAAAGAAACUUUCUGUGGCUAAAGAGAGACUUCUAAUAACAAUAGUAGUGAUAAUGGCAUCAUGUGCCAGGUACUAAUCUAAAUGUAAACAGUUUAGCUCAUUUAAUUCUCACAAUAAUUCUAUUAGUAUGGCACCAUUAUUUCCUCCAUUUUGAGGCUUUAAAGGUUGAAUGACUUGUCCAGGCCACUGUAAGCAGGGAGGUUGACAUUAGACCCCACAGACAUCACUGUGAUGGCCUGAGGCCUGUCUGUGCAAACUGUACCUGGGAGAAGCUGGGCUGAUUUGCAUAAGAAAUCAAGGAGGAAAUAAAAUAUGACAACCCCAAAAACUGCUCCCUAAAAUAUGAAGUUAAGGGAGAUCAAAUGGGAUGACACUGAACCUCUACUGGCAGGAGAGGCUGAUAAGAGCUCCAAAAAAGUCUCUGUAAGGCUGAGGAAUCUGGCACUUUUUGUUUAAUAUCAGGAUGCGAGAUUUGGGUCUUGCCUGCAGCUCAGGUCCUGACUGUAUACACACGUCAACAAAAAAAUGUUUUGGGGCUCUGUAAUGUUGGAGCCCAAGUCUGGAGCACACAUGGUAACAGCCAGAGCAGAGUCAGCAAAGGCAUCACGGAAUCCUGGAAAGCCUCUGUCAGUGGCAUACAGUAACAAUGGAGGCUGAGCAGACUUUCCAGUUCUGUCUGGCCACUGAAAGUAGAGAUGGCUUCUACCUCUUGGACUGAGCCUCAAAGUUAUUGGACAGUUUGCAGUUUACUCACAUGAGAUGAGUCAUAUACUUGUGGCAAAUGAGAACAGGCGGAACCUUGGGGGAUUAAAAGGAAAAUCAGAAUGAGACACACUUGUACUUCAAGCUGGAGGAUGGGGUCACUCGGCUACCAUCAUGGAUCAGUGUCAAGCCUGCAUACACUGCAAAGCUGGAAAGAACACAGAACAUGAAACUGCACCCAGUGGUUUCUAAAUGGAGAUCUAAAACAUAGACUCCUAGUCACUGCCCUCCAGAUCUCCUGAAUACAAACUGCUGGGGGUACUUCAGAACCUACUGUUGUUUUGACAUUCUGAUACCAGCUAGUCCUGGGAUCUAUUGCUCCUAUACAGUUUUCUUUCUUUUUUUUUGGACACAAG